AUGAGAUGAGAUGAGAUGUGGAGAGAUGAGAUGUGGAGAGAUGAGAUGUGAUGAGAUGAGAUGUGGAGAGAUGUGAUGAAAUGUGAUGAGAUGAAAUGAAAUUUCACAGUUUCUAUUAUGAGCAAGCAAGAGAUCCCCAAGCUCCCUGAGACGAUUCAUCUGGGUGACACCAGAGUGUGUACUAUUUACAUUUACAACAUUUGUCAGACGCUCUUAUACAGAUUGACUUGCAUUUUUAUCUUAUUUUAUGAAACUGAGGGUUAAGGACCUUGCUCAAGGACCUAGCAGCAGCAGCAGCAGCUUGGUGGACCUGAGAUUCAAACUCACAACCUUCCAAUCAGAAACGUUAUCAACUCUACCAGAAGGCAUCCAGACGGAUAAGGCAGUGUGCACGCUGGCUCCGGCUCGUGGCCAUGCAGAGGGGCGACUGCUUCAGCUUUUAUUCCGCAGAUAUAACAAACUCUCACGUCCUGUACAGAACAUCUCAGAUGUGGUUCUGGUUCAAUUCGGACUUUCCAUCGCACAGCUCAUUGAUGUAGAUGAAAAGAAUCAAAUGAUGACCACCAAUGUUUGGGUGAAACAGGAAUGGAGUGAUUACAAGCUGCGCUGGAACCCUGAGGAGUUUGAGAAUGUCACUUCCAUCCGAAUUCCCUCUGAGCUCAUCUGGAGACCUGAUAUUGUUCUCUACAACAACGCUGAUGGAGAUUUCGCUGUGACUCAUUUGACCAAAGCCCAGGUGUUCCAUGAUGGCAGAGUGAAAUGGAAGCCUCCUGCCAUAUACAAGAGCUCCUGCAAUAUUGAUGUCACGUUCUUCCCUUUUGAUCAGCAGAACUGUAAGAUGAAGUUUGGCUCAUGGACAUAUGACCGAGCUAAGAUCGAUUUGAUCAACAUGGACAGCAAUGUGGACCAAAUGGACUACUGGGAGAGUGGUGAGUGGGUCAUCAUCAACGCUGUGGGAAAGUACAACAGCAAGAAAUAUGAAUGCUGCACAGAAAUCUACCCAGACAUCACAUACUACUUCAUCAUCCGACGUCUCCCUCUGUUCUACACCAUCAAUCUGAUCAUCCCAUGCUUGCUGAUAUCGUGCUUGACCGUGCUUGUGUUCUACCUGCCCUCGGAGUGUGCCGAGAAAAUCACGCUGUGCAUUUCGGUGCUCCUUUCACUCACUGUCUUCCUCCUGCUCAUCACAGAAAUCAUCCCUUCUACCUCACUGGUCAUCCCACUCAUUGGUGAGUACCUGCUCUUCACCAUGAUCUUUGUCACUCUUUCCAUCAUCAUCACCGUUUUUGUGCUGAACGUGCACCACCGCUCAUCCCGCACGCAUCGGAUGCCCCAUUGGGUCCGUCAGCUUUUUCUUCACCAUGUACCACGGUACCUUUUCAUGAAACGUCCACCUGCUGCUGGAAAGAGGAACUGCCGCAAGCUGAUCGAAAUGAUGCACAGGCCAAUGGCACAGCAGCCCAUGCAGCAGGGUAACCCUGCCAUGGCCAUGCCCCUUGAUCUUUCUGCCCCAUCGUGUGCAAUACAGCGAGAAGUAGCAUCCAAAUCUCCUCUUUUCUGCAGCUCUCCCAGCAGUCAGUACUCCAUCCUUCAAGAGGACUGCACACACAACACUAACCUCACUCCUGGACCCACAUGCACUCAUUUAAACACCUCCACUUCCUCAAGCUCUUCGUUGUCUCCAGAUGCAGCUCUUGGGCCUCUGCUUCAAACAAUAGCUUUGAGUGAGGUUUGUGAAUUUCAGUGCCACAGCGCAGAGAGUGUAUUUGUGGACACUACAGUGGGUGAGACUGAAACUCUUUGGCAUUGUCAUAAGCACAAGGAGACGAGUAUACAGACAUACUUCACUGCAGAGAGAGGUCAAAGUACAGGUGCUUGUGUGAGACCCAAGGUACAGAGCUCUCAAAUCUUAAGCCCUAACUGCAGGAAAGAAUCCAAGCUGGAGGAAACCAAAUUUCCAGAGUCACAGUCACUUCUGAGGGCCCUCGAGGGAGUCCAGUACAUUGCAGAUCAUCUCAGAGCUGAGGAUUCAGACUUUUCGGUAAGAGAAGACUGGAAAUAUGUUGCCAUGGUGAUUGAUAGAAUAUUUCUCUGGAUGUUUGUGCUGGUGUGUAUCUUGGGGACGGCUGGACUGUUUCUACCUCCUUGGUUGGCUGGAAUGAUCUAGAACCUGACAUGGAGCUCAACAUUGGACAAGUCACCCAGACACUUCCAACGUCCUUCUCCGUAUCCAAUGUUUUCGUAACACAGGAUCACGUUGCAAUGUCCGGAAUGUCCGAUAGAACGAUGAAGCAUUUAUUUUUUCCAAGGUCAGCUUAUAUUUCCUUGAAAUGCUUUCAGGGCAAAAAAAUGAUUUAUUCCGGUCACAAAUAAUCUGCUGUGCUGCCUCCUGAACCGCUCCUCUGUCUAUGUAUUAUCCAGUAUAAAUUUAAAAUCUGUACCAAUUAUAACCACAUGCCUUUACAUUGUUUAUUAUAUAUAUU